UCUCUCUAAGAGCGAGGAUAUAAAAUAGCAAGCAAAGCUGUUUCUCCGCCUUUGUCUCUCUUUCACAGAAACAGGGGAGAGAAGAAUGUGAAGUCAGGAUGGCCGUUGCAAGCCCGGCGCUCUGUGCUUUCUUCUUCAUUCUCCUUCCUGCCAUUGCUGCUGAAAGUGGCCUGGAAGACUAUUCAGGCUCUGGUGAGUCAUCUCAUGUUUUUCUCUAAAGCGCGGAAUAAUUCCGAAAUUCAAAAUUCAGAGGAUGGCAGUGUUCCAGUUUCCAUGUUGUGCUGGAAACUGUGAAUUCGGUGGGUUCACCUUUAAAUGUGGGUGGAACUGGAUUGCUUCCUCCAUCCCUACUCUAGAAGGUUAUGUGUAUGACUUCACUCUAGUAUGCCAUUCCUGCCCCACUUGGUGGCCCCCCUGCUCAUUCUAAUUGGUGGGGCCUGGACUUCCACCCCACUGUGAAGGAAAGGAAUCCAGUCACCCAAAAUGUAACAAUAUUUUUUCUAGAAAAAGAGGUGUCAGAACUCACCGUGAACGCCUCCCUUGUUAUCUUUAUAAUGCCAAUGGUACCCACCUGAGAGGUGCUGGAACUGAGUUCCUGUGAGUUCCCGUUGGGGGGAAGCCCUGCCAAUGGUAUUUUUGGCUAUGCCAAGCUGCCACAGAGGGGUCAGAUUUGGGGCAAAACCCUCUAAACCCCAACAAAUAGGGCACACAGUUUUCCCCCCUCCUUGACAGUAUAACUUUCGGGGUGUUCACAAAUUGACAUUCAGCAAAUAUACGAUCCCAGCACAAAAGUCAAACUGUGCUAAUAAACAUGGGUACACUUUUACCCAAACAGUGGUCCAUGUGUAGAGACAUUUGUGUUCAGUGUAAAAUGUGAGCAAGCCUUCUGGUACUUGUUCUACCCUGGAGUUCUGCCAGAAAAGACCAGAGUUCAGCACUUCAUGAAUAAGCAUUCAUAGAAAGCUCCAGCCUUCUAGCUGAAAAGCUGUCUAGUCAGACCAACCUUUCUAAAGAGUCAGGAACCUGCAGCCUCACAGGUUUAGUUGGACUCGAACUCCCAUCAGCUCCAGCCAACAUGGCCAAGGGUCAGGAGUGAUGGGAUUCUGGAGGGCCACAGGAAAGAAUUAGUGGCAGCCAAAAUUCCCAUGACUUUAUUUAACCUCCUUGAUAACCUGAAUUCAUGUCAUCCUUGUUUAGACUGUUGUUGUUGUUUAGUCGUUUAGUUGUGUCCGACUCUUCGUGACCCCAUGGACCAGAGCACGCCAGGCACUCCUGUCUUCCACUGCCUCCCGCAGUUUGGUCAAACUCAUGUUUGUUGCUUCGGGAACACUGUCCAACCAUCUUGUCCUCUGUCGUCCCCUUCUCCUUGUGCAUCUUUCCCAACAUCAGGGUCUUUUCCAGGGAGUCUUCUCUUCUCAUGAGGUGGCCAAAGUAUUGGAGCCUCAGCUUCACGAUCUGUCCUUCCAGUGAGGACUCAGGGCUCAUUUCCUUCAGAAUGGAUAGGUUUGAUCUUCUUGCAGUCCAUGGGACUCUCAAGAGUCUCCUCCAGCACCAUAAUUCAAAAGCAUCAAUUCUUCAGCGAUCAGCCUUCUUGAUGGUCCAGCUCUCACUUCCAUACAUCACUACUGGGAAAACCAUAGCUUUAACUAUAUGGACCUUUGUUGGCAAGGUGAUGUCUCUGCUUUUUAACCAGGGGCAAAUGAGUACAGAUCUCCUUGUAUCUAUGACAGUUAUAUCAAAGGGCCAAACUAGAUGUGGUAUUUCCAAAAAGAAUUGCUGUUACGCUUAUUUAUUUAUUUUGCAAGAAAAUAGCUGGUGCAGGGGAGUCUGAGCUGGAUUGGGUUUGGAAAUGGAGGCUUAACUUGGGGGUGGGGAUCCUGUGGCUCACCAAAUGUCAUUGGACCCCAGCUGCCAUUAGCCCCAGCUAUAAACCCAACUGGAGGGACACAAGUUCCCCAACCCUACUUGAAUCUUUUUCCCACCCACCUCCGCUGUCCCAAUCCAUCUUGCCCCCACACCAAUUAUUUGCUGUUUUACAUCAGCUGCAUAAGGGCAACUAAGUAGGUGGCAAACUCUAGGCCCAAUUCAGAUGGACAUCAUGUCCAGUUUGGCCCAAGGAGGUGCAGAUGUUCUCAUCCCUUGCUAAGGCUGUUGGUCCUGGUACAGCUUGGUCUGAAACGCCAAAUCCUCCUUUUCUUGUGUGUCAUGCUAUGCUGCAACUGGUGAGUUGCCCUUGAUUUGCCAUGAAGUGUACAAAUGCACAAGCAAUGCAGGUUGCUCCCAGGUCAGACUAUAGGCUGAUCUAGCCUGGUGUUGUGUAUACCAGCUAUGGGUGGAUGAAUCUAUCCACUUCAAUAUUGCCCUGUUUCUAAUUUUUCCUUUCUAAAAAUGAUUUCUCCACAUUCCCAAAGACAUUUGUCAAUUAUUUAUCGUUGUUGCUUUUUUUAAAAAAUCCUCAUGAAAAUUCAUCAGCAUUUUAGUGCUCCUGAUGAACAUUUUUCUAUGCAGUUUUGACACAACUUUGUGCAAGCAGAUUUUCCUAAUACAGUGCAUUUUAAAUAAUAUAUGAUCUGUAUGCACAUUUUUAUCAAAUAUAUGCAUUUUAAUGCUCACAUUUUCUUACUUUUGUGCAUAUUGGUUGAAGAUCAGCUUUGAAAAAUUCAAGGAAGUGAGACUUUCAAAGGAUAUUUGUGUUAAGUCUGAAUUAAGUUAUUUCUCGUUCAAAUGCAAAAAAUAAAUACGGUAAACUUUCUCUCCCAUUCCCACUGGCUGCAGCUCUCAAGGGACCUCUCUGGCUGUGGUCUUACCUGCUUCCUUUUAACAAGCAAUGCCACUGUCAUAACCUGGGACCUGCUUACCAUGCUGCUUCAGCCAAAAUACUACCUUCCUCUGAGGAUCCCAGUCCCCUUCUGUAUCUGGUCACCAUAGCACCUAUCCAGAGGUGGGGAUCCUGUGGGAGCCAAAGUCCCAUCAGACUACAGCUCUCUUCAGCCCUGGAGAGCUUAGCCAAUGGUCAGGGAUGAUGGGAAGUGUAGCCCAACCACAUCUGAAGGGCCUCACAUUCUCCACCCCUUUCUCAAAGCUUUCAGAUUAAAUUAGAGUUAGGGAACCUAACACCUCUCACACGUCUUUACCAUGUGGUGCUGAACUUGUUAAUGCUGUGAAUUAAAAGAUGAUCAACAGUGCUGUGCAAUCGUUCUAGGAAACAUGCAAACGAAAGGUGUAAUGCAAGGACAAUGAGUCAUUGAGAAAAGAUCUGUUGCUGAAAGUUUCCUUGCUACUCUUGCCUCUUCUAGAGGGAACGCGUUGACUAAGAGAGAAGUGGUCAUGCACCCCACAUAAUAUCCAAAAGCUGGUGCCCUCCAGAUGUUUUAGACUACAAUUCCCAUCAUCCAUAGCAAUCUGCCAUGCUGACUGGGGAUGAUGGGAAUUGCAGUCCAGAACAUCUGGAGGGCACGAAGGUAGGCUGUAUCAGAGGAUUGUCCUCUAGCUGAAGGACUGUCAGGGGAUUUAGAUUUACCAGUCCAAGUCUGGUUUGAACAUAAAGAAGCAUAAGAAGCAAGAACAGGAGGCACUUUGAAAUUACCCCAAGGGGUGGCAAGCAGACAGGGGAAGCACCCAGUUUCCCCCACUAGGGUAAGAUGUAUUGUAUUCCUUAGAAUCUUCAGAAAGUUUUGCUUUGAAUGACAAAGACCCGGUAUGGGUUUCCUCAAAAAUGAGUCAUGCCAGACAAAUCUCAUUUCUUUUAUUGUUAGAGUUACAAGUUUGGUGGAUCAGGGGAAGGCUGUGGGCAUAAUGUGCCUUGAUUUCAGCGCGGCUUUUGCCAAAGUCCCCCAUGAUAUAAAUUAUAUUAUUAUUUUUUAAAACUAGUGUUUAUACAUACAAAUUAGCACAUGCAAAUUAAAUGCACAUUAGUGCCUUGGCCCUUUUUUCUUUCUUCUUGGCAGUGCAUAAGCCGCUAUCCACACCACCUCCCAGCCUAGCCCCUUUCCAGCAAGCAAGCAUUAAAAAUUGCAUUUAUGUACUUAUUAAAAUAUGAUUUUCCCACACUUUUUUUUAAAAAAAAAGAGUACAAAAAUUUAAGAAGAGAUAGGACUGCAGAAAGAGUGAAUUGGGUAGACUUGUCUUUAAAUGUGAACUGAGCUGGAUUUCAUCCCCAUCUCCAGCUGUGUGCCUAUGCUGGCUGCUCACAACGCCCUCCCCUCCCGCCGCCCCAUACCAUGGAAUUUGGCGGGGCUGGGAAGGGUUAAGCACAGUGCCGGCACACAAGAUUUCAUGUUAGCUCAGCAAAGGCUCAAGGCAAACAUGUGAUUCUGCCAAGAUUCAGGCAAUCUGGCCCCCUGCAAUCUCAAUGGAUAUUUCUCAGCUUCCCACCACCACCAGCUAUAAGAAGGUAAAUACAAAAUGGAACCAUGGACCAUCAGAGAAUGCAAACAGAAGGGGGAGGGGGAGGCUGAACUCAAAAACUAAAAUAUUAACGGUAUAUUAUCAGUGCAUUCCUUAAGAAGUACUUACAACUUGUCAGACUGCAGUCCGCAGCAUUACUUUUAUAGUCUUCUCUCCUCAGGCACCUGUUCAGAAAGUGAAAUGGACAUGGACUUCACGUGUGUCAUUCGAAUGCCAGCGAUCCAAACAAGUAUCUUGCUUUGCAACAUCACGAAGAUUGGGAUGAACCUGAGUGAGGCUAACGCUCAGUUUACUCUGUAAGAAGCUUUCCAGUGCAUUAAAAUGUGAUUACUUUUUUGUAAUAAUUCCUGAAUCAAAUUAUCUUAAUAGUUCAAUGUUCCAGUGGACCUUCUUAGAAUUUCUUGAUCUUGACAGUUCAUCAAGAAGAAUUAAUCCAGUAUUAGAUGCUACUGCAAGGAUGUGCAAUAACAUUCGAAGUAGUGUUGCCAUACGUCUGGGAAAUCCUGGACAUGUCCUCUUUUGGGGGGGGCAACAUAACCCUCCAGGGGGAUUUUUACAUUUUAAAAUAAAUUUAAAAGCGUUGAGAAAUAUCCUCUAACACAGGGGUCAACAAACUUUUUCAGCAGGGGGCUAGUUUACUGUCCCUCAGACCUUGUGGGGGGCUGGACUAUAUUUUUUUGGGGGGGGGUGGGAAUGAAUGAAUUCCUAUGCCCCACAAAUAACCCAGAGAUGCAUUUUAAAUAAAAGCACAUGUUCUACUCAUGUAAAAACACACUGGUUCCCGCACCGUCCGCAGGCUGGAUUUAGAAGGCAAUUGGGCCAGAUCCCGGCCCCGGGCCUUCGUUUGCCUACCCAUGCUCUAACGCCACUGACAACCACCCAAACAAGAGAUUCCCCAACACCACAUCCAACACUGUGAUGAAAGGAUUGUGCUGAAAUCCUCUCUUAUUCUGUAUAUUUAGGACCAUUAGGUUGAUUGUCAGUUUCCAAAAACAGAGUCAUAAAUUGUUAUGUUUUCAUAGUGUUUGAAAGCUUCAACUAUUUCAUUUCAGCCCUAAUAUCCUUCACAGGUAUGGGGGGAAAACCUCCAGUUGCUUAAUGGAGAGCCAGCUGCAAGGCAAAUGUCCUUUCGAAAAUGUUGAAUUCAUUAAUCCCGUGGAAGUUUGCUUGAGCGUGACGACGAUACAGCAAUGUGUGGAAUGCCAGACCUUGAAAGCAAGCGAUAUCAGUGAGCUCCUUCCCAAUGUUAUCAUGUGCAUGAUUUAGAUUUGUUUGCAAUUUCUAUACCUAACAGUUACCUCUUCCAAGCCCACACUUGACCAGCGUGUUCACAAGAAUAUCAUGGGGGACUUUGUCAAAAGCCGUACUGAAAUCAAGACACAUUAUGCCCACAGAAUUCCCCUGAUCCCUGAUGCACACUGCCAAUACAUAUAGCACAAAUAAACACUCCAUAGGCUCAUGACCGGUUGAGAACUGUCACUUCCAACGCUACUAGGCUUUGCCAUAUCUGAAUGUAGUCCCACAUAACCACUUGUUGCAUGAACGUUGGCUGUAGAUUCACAUUCACAUUCCAUCUCCUUUGCACGAAAUCUGGAAAUAUGCAGUCUUCAGAAAGAUUUGCUUUGAAUGACUAAGACCCUGUAUGGAUUUCCUCAAAAAUGAGUCAUGCCAGACAAAUCUCAUUUCUUUUAUUGUUAGAGUUACAAGUUUGGUGGAUCAGGGGAAGGCUGUGUUCAUAAUGUGUCUUGAUUUCAGUGAGGUUUUUGACAAAGUCCCCCAUGAUAUUCCUGCAAAGACGCUGGUCAAGUGUGGGCUUGGAAGAGGUAACUGUUAGGUAGAUUUGCAGCUGGUUGACCCAACCCAAAGAGUGCUCAUUAAUGGUUCCUGGUCACCCUGAAAAAAGUGACAAGUGGGGUGCAACAGUAUUCUGUCCUAGGUGAGUUGUUGUUCAAAGGCUUUCUGAACAACUUGGACAACGGAAUUGAGGGGGUGCUCAUCAAAUUUGCAGAUGAAAACAAACUGGGAGGGGUAGGUAAUGCUGCAGAAAACAGAAUCGGGAUUCAAAAUGACCUUAAUAGAUUGGGAAACUGGGCCCCAACUAACUGAAUGAAUUUCAAUAGGGACAGAUGUCAGGUUCUACACUUAGGCAGGAAUGACCAGCUGCACAAAUAUAAGAUGGGGGGGGCACCUGGCUUAGCAACAGUACAUGUGAAAAGGAUCUAGGGAUCUUAGCAGACCACAGGUUUCACAAGAGUCAAAAGUGUGAUGCAGUAGCAAAAAAACAAAAGCAAAAGGAUAAUGCUAUCCUAGGCUGCAUCAACAGACAUAUAGUGUAUUGAUCCACGGAAGUUAUAGUCCUGCUCUGUUCUGCCUUGGUCAGACCACACAGAGAAUACUGUGUCCAGUUCUGGGAGCGAGAAUUUAAGAAAGCUAUUGACAAGCUGGAACGUGUGCAGAGGUUGGCAGUUAAGAUGAUCAAGGGUCUGGAAACCAAGCCUUAUGAGGUUCAGGAUACUACCAGAAGAGGCCUAUAAAGUUAUAUGGAUUAAUAGGUGCAAACAGUUGGAUAAACUUAAAGCACCAUACUCUGUGGAGUUUCCUGGAAAUAAGUUCCACUAUGUUCAUUGAGGCUUAUUCCCAAGUGAAUGUGUACCUGAAAGAUUAUUGAUGGAUCAAUCCAUCAACCUCUGAUGGAUGAUUCAGAUGGAUUGGGUCCGGCAUCACUUUUAUUGCGUAUGUGUGCCAGUAUCCAUACCCAGCAGAGUUACAUCUCAACGCAGCUCCUCCCUUGGAAGCAUCUUCGGGGUUGAAGGUACACACAGUAGACCACAAACACUCAUGGAAGCCAUGAAGAUUCAGAUUACUUGAUGGGCAUAAAAGCAUAUUGGUAGCAAAUAUAUAUAGACAUUCACCACUGCUGUGGUCAAGGCAUGCGUAGAGUCCAACAAGAGUCUCUCUUCUUCUCUCACUGCAAGGUGCAAGCAAGAGACUCACAACAAGUUACAACAAGUUACACAGAACCAUUGUUAUUGGUACUUCCUGUCACACUACACAUGUCCAUAGAACAGCUCCCACAUAAAAUGUCCUUGCAUAAACAAAACAAUCUCAGCCUUCUGCUGCUUCUUGAAACUAUUUCUUUUUUCUCCUCUGUUUCUGGAACAAAUUAUUGUCUUUCACACACACAGAAUAUCCAACAAGUGCCACGUGCCUCAUACACCCUACUGAUCACUAACACUCCUCAGGUGAGGACCUCCUGCAAAUGCCAUCUUAUCAGGAGGUCCGUUCUGCACAAUAUAGGAAACAGGCCUUUGGUGUUGUGGUACGUGCCUUUUGGAAUUCUCUCCCAUUAAACAUUAGACAGGCGCCAUCUCUGUUGUCUUUUUGGUGCCAACUGAAGACCUUCAUCUUCCAACAAGUCUCCUUACUAAAGAACUUUCUCAGUCCGCUUCCAUACCAGAAUUCUUUUUAGAUUUCUAUGUUCUCAUUUACAGUUAAACCCGAAGCACCAUUUGACUUAGGAAUUAUCUACGAAGAAGAGGCAGAUGAGUAUUUCAUUAAUUUCUCAACUCCACACAAUGGAUGGUAUCUUGAGGGACAUCUAACGCAUGAACUAGCAUACCGGCAGCAAAACAAACACUGGACUGUGAGUAAGAAUGUGUCAUUUUAAUUGACCAUAAGUGUGCUCUUUCCAUUUUCAGUUCUGUAUGUGUCAAAAACAGAUAAUAUUUGAGAUCUGUCUUUUAGUUGAAAGCUACAUGCAGUUAGAUCCAGAAAUAGUUAGUUGCACUUUGUUCCCAUUAUAAUGAACAAGAUUGGAGUUAGUCAUCAUGGCUGAUUUUUCAAAUUGUUGUCAAUGAAUAAAAAAAGUGGCUAAAUUGCAAUGCAAUCCUCUGGCUCCGGCCGGGGAGGGCAGGGUACAAAUAAAUAGAUAAAUAAAUGAUGACGAUGAUGAUGAUGAUGAUGAUGAUGAUGUAUAACUGCUCAGGAGUAAGUCCUAUUUAAUUCAAUGAACCUUAGCCCUAUAUGUUUAUAGGGUUGUGGGUGUGCUCUGGAUCUAACCUGUGAAAAAUAUCCACUGCCUUAUAUAUCCACAGUGGACUAAUUUAUGUAGAAAGUGGGCUCCUUAAUUUAACCCCGUAGGUGAGGGAGUUGUAAGCAGGUAGUAGAAAUGGUUGAAAUCAAUUUGGAAAAAUUAUUUAACAUACACUAGGAGAAAACCAGUAAAUGUAUUUCAGCUUAUGAGAGGUGUAAGCCUAACCCACAAAUGAUAUUAAAGGAAAAUCAGAAGUACUUUACAGUGGUACCUCGGGUUACAUACGCUUCAGGUUACAGACUCCGCUAACUCAGAAAUAGUGCUUCAGGUUAAGAACUUUGCUUCAGGAUAAGAACAGAAAUCGUGUUAUGGCGGCACGGCAGCAGCAGGAGGCCCCAUUAGCUAAAGUGGUGCUUCAGGUUAAGAACAGUUUCAGGUUAAGAACGGACCUCCGGAACGAAUUAAGUACUUAACCCGAGGUACCACUGUAUACAUAAAUUAAUUGUGGGGAAGGGAAAAUACAAGGAACGAUGUAAGCAGGGUAGGGUGGGAUAAGGAUACAAUUAUAUGGAAGUGUGAAACAAUUAAAGCAUCAGGGAAAGAGGCUAUUACAUAGAAGGGCUACAGAUGUGAAAAUUGAAAUCAACUACAAUUUAACUAUUGCUUUAGCAUACACUGGACCACUUAAAUCCCUCCAGUCAAGGCUUCUAAAGCUAUGACAUUAAACACAUUCACUGAACGCCAGAGCACUUAUUUGUGACUGAGCAGUGCCAAGGCCUGGUUAGAACAAGCCUUGUGAAAUUUGUAUUCCAGGUCUGUCCCUCUGUUGGUUCUCAGAUGGUAGACCUGCGCUCUAUCUAUGGGUGGAACUGGCAUCCAAACUCGGCAUCACUGCUGAAACCCUGAAUUCUUUCCCUGGCUCCCUUCAUGUCCUCCAGGCCUUCAUUCAUUGCACUGCUGCUACAACCAACUUCACAGUUGCAUUUCUCUAAAAAAACCAAAACAUUCAAUGCCACAUUCCCUUCAAUAAUAUGGGUAGAACAAUACAGGGGUACUUUGCAGGGCUGGUGUAGCCCACACUUUCUCAGCCACUCUCUCAUACAGGACGUGGGGUCAGCUCACAUAAAUAUGAGGACCAAAUCAAAUUCUCUUCCAUCCGUCCCUAUAAUCUGGAUUCCAAUAAAACAGCUUUGGAAUGGGCUGUUGUUCCCACUGCCAGAAGGCUUCUCUUAGGCAGGAAGCUUUGAGGUAAAUAAAUGUUUCGCUAUGUGCAAAAGCUUGGAAACCUACUGGUUCUCAAAGCGAUUUUUGUUUCCUGACUUUUUGAUAAGCAAAAAUUUAUUCCCCCUUUUUAGUCCAGACAGACCGAUUUCCUGACAUUAAAAUUUCUGGCAAAGGAAUUUCAGCUGGGAACAUAUGAGAUGAAAGCCCGGUCAAAGCCCAAUGGCAAACUUUUCAAGGGCACGUGGAGUGAAUGGAGCUCUUCGAAAUCCUUCAAAACUGCAGCAAAAAGUAAGUACAGACUUUUGCUUCACUGCAAACCAAAGUGCAUCACAUGUAAGUAUCUCAUUACAAAUAUAUGUUAAAUGUAACGACACAUCCAGUAAAGAGCUUCAUUGCCAUUCAGUUCGUAAAAUUCUGAUUGGAGCUUGAGACCGGGGGGGGGGAGCCUUGUUGCAUAAAUUAUCACUGAUCUCCAUACCUCAGGGGCUUAGACAAAAUCAUGAAGCUAUCGGUGGUCCUAGUAGCCAUGUUCUCCCACCCUCUGAAUACUAGUUGCUGAGCAUCCAAUAACCCCUACCCCAACAGUUUAAAAGUCCACAGAUUGUUUAAUUAGCCAAAGGCAUGGGAGAAGAGGAACUUUUUUUGGCCUGGCACCUAAAAAAUGUGGUAGAGCUACUACAACAUCCUCAGGCUGGCAUCUGCACUGCACCAACCUCCCCAACGCCUUGAUCCCCCAUCCUGGUAAACAGGUCAGCAAGGCAAAAUGGGACAGUCCUGAGCGUAGGUGGGUAGAGACACUGGUGGAGAUUGACUAAGAUCUACUACCUGAGACCAUGGUCUCCUUGUGGCUAAUGGGACGGCUGGCCAUGCGGUCCAUUAGACUCCCUCAACAAAAUGGCGGUCACACUGGAUCAAGACAAAAGGCUUUAAGCGUUAGCACCUGAGCAAGAAUGUGCCUGAUAUGGAUUUAUUCUUGAAUGUAGAAAGCCGGGGCAAUUGAGUGUGACAUUUUACACCACAAUUCUCUCACAGUUUCUCCUCAGAGAUGAGUAGCUCUAGGGGGGCAAUUUUUUGCGGGGAAAUGGCAUGGUUCCUGAUCCCUCCUGCAGUUUCUGUUUCAAAGGCAAAACCAUUGGAUAGGUGAUGAAGUAUUGAACAUACGUCCAACAUUCCUCAGAAAAUAGGGACAUUCUAUUGUUAGGCCUGGGGCCUAGCAGAAUCGUAUUGGCCGCCAGAGGCAUCUAGUCCAAACGCCUGCAAUGCAGGUAUAUUUUGUUCAACUUGGGGCUUGAACCCACAACCCUGAGAUUAAAAAUCUCAUGCUCUACCAAGAAGCAGAGCAACAGGUCACAACGGAGGUCUUAUUUCAGCCUAGAUAAAGUGAGGACCUGAGGCAGGACAUGAACAGGUUGGAGGUCUGGUACUGGACAGGUAUGGAGGGCAGCUGAGGAACUAGCUGGGAGGGAAAGACUUUAUAGCACCUAAUGUGAUGUCAGCUGGCAGUACUUAAGCUGCGACUGUAGCCUAGAGAGUUCCUUUGUCCCUAUAGGCCUAGCCUGGCUGCUGAGAGCUGGUAGCACAGGAAGUAAUGUUGCCUGCAAUAAGUUCUGGUUCAAAACACACAUCCUUGGCAUACAUGUUUAGUGUCAUAUCUAGUUUGGUUCUCAGUCAUCAUCAUCAUCGUCUAUAAGCCUGUUUGGUUUUUGUUUCCUCAGAUUAUAAUAGCAACAUUAGAGAGGUGACUGCAUCCAUUUUAUGCUUCUUUGCGCUCUUCGCUGUGAUCACUCUGAUCCCAAUACUUUGGAAAAACAGGUAAUCCUAAACACUCUUCAUCAAAAGAGUGGUCCUAAGAACACAAUUCACUUCUGGAAUUUCCUCCCAUGCAAACCUUCAUGUUGUGAAACCUUCAUGUUGUGACGUUGCAAAAAGCAGAAAAACAUGGAGUCAGUACAAACUAACGGCUGUUUCAGACAUGAAGUUCAUUGUAGCUACAGUAACUGCAAACCCAGAAAUGUAAUGAGAGGUGCUUCUCAAAAGAGAUGCGUUACCAUAGGGAGCUGGUCUUGUGCACCGGCUCUCAAUUCCUAUACUAGUAAAGGUAAAGGGGACCCCUGACCAUUAGGUCCAGUCAUGACCGACUCUGGGGUUGCGCGCUCGUCUCGCUCUAUAGGCCGAGGGAGCUGGCGUUUGUCCGCAGACAGCUUCCGGGUCAUGUGGCCAGCAUGACUAAGCCACUUCUGGAGAACCAGAGCAGCGCACAGAAAUGCCAUUUACCUUCCCGCCGGAGCAGUACCUAUUUAUCUACUUGCACUUUGACGUGCUUUUGAACUGCUAGGUUGGCAGGAGCAGGGACCGAACAACAGGAGCUCACCCCGUUGCAGGGAUUUGAACCGCUGACCUUCUGAUCGGCAAGUCCUAGGCUCUGUGGUUUAACCUAUACUAGUACGGGUGGACAAAUCACAGCAAGCAGUUGGGGGUUGGCAUAGUUGACUGCUGGCCUGGACUGUUUUGUGUGGAAGAACUUCCACAGAUGGUCCAACCACUAACUGUGCAAUGCACAAGGGGUUUAGGAUAUGGCAUAACCAGGGUUUCACUGGUACAAGGGAGCCUAGACUGGCAAAAAUAUCCCCAACUUUUAACCCAGGGGCUGUCUAAUGAGCAGAACCCACCGCCAAUCUGUCUGGUGCAACAUCCCUAAAAGUGGCAUGCCAGGAUGAGUUUGCUCAAAAUAUAUCUCCAGUGGAUUGUAGACACUGGGUUUUCCAUCCACAUCUGAAAGUUUCAUUGGUAGAAUCCAGUAUAGAAUAAGAUAUUCAGUAAGAGGUUAGGCCUGCAAUGUUCCUCACUGAGGAAAAGGGACUCUCCAAUGGAGCUGCCCAAAAGAUGUUCCCAGCAGGUUCUACUGCCACAGAAUUUUAUGGAUUUAGAAAGCUGGGAACAACAUUUCCAUGGAGGGCUGUUGGUGUUCUUCAUGGCUCAUUCACAAGCAAUGUUGUAAGAAUGUUCGUCAUCACUUCCUUUAUUGUGUUAUCUCUUCUUUUUUCCAGAAUAAAGCCUGCUGUGUGGCCCACCCUCCCUAACCACAAGAAAACUUUGGAUAAACUCUGCCACAAACUAAGAAAGGUUGGUGCUUUUGCCUCUUCUCAUUGCAGGAUAGUAGAAACUAGUACGAUCAAGUCCUUAGCAGUUUUGUGUGGCAGGAUGGGGGUUGGGGCAGAUUUUCUCCCAUUAUCAGUUUUCUUCCUUGUAAAAAUUGCCUUUUUUUUAUUGGCUAUAUUUUAAAAAAACGAAAAAGAUUCAUAUACCUCUUAAUUGAUGAAAGCUUUCAAGCCAUUUACAUAAAACAAUAUAAAAUAUGGAUGGGGGUAAAAAUCAAACUUUAAAAACAAGUAGAUCCGAAGUAUAUCAAAACGUAGAUAAUAUUUGCAGUUUUAAAACUGAUAUGUAUAAUAAAACUACAUGUCUGGGUAGGCUUCCUGUCAGCUGUGGUGGAAGUGCAGUGGCAGAAGUGCAAGAUUAGUUCAACCACUGCGCUCUCUGGUCUCUCCACUGCCUCACUCUUCCAAUAAGCACUGUAUUGGGGCUGAUUGGAGUCCAGGCAUAUUAAGCAAAUUAGGAUUAAAAGAUGUGUGUAUUUGGAGAAACGCAUACUGAUGUGCUGACGAAUUUUCAUAAGGGUUGGUUUUUGUUGUUGUUGUUGUUGUUGCAAACUGAUGCAGAAAUGUAAGAAUGAGAAAAUGAAAGAUAGCACAAUCAACAGACCUGCCUUUCCCCAGCCACAGCAAUGACGCCCUUAUUCUGAUUCCAUAAAGGAGAGCUCUUAGGGCUAGGAAAGUGUCUCACAAACCUUUACUUUCCAAUGGAGGAGGUUUCAUGUGGUUUCUCAGGCUGUGGUACUUCCCACAUAGGAAAUUUACUGCCUGCGAAGCUCUCUCACCCUGAACUGGGUGGGUGGUCUUCUUCGUCACGCUCUCCCAGCCCUCAUUUCCUAUCCAUAAAAUGUGGGAAACAGAAAAUGAAUAAUAGCUUGUUCAUUUUGAGGAUGAACUAGAGGAGGGCCCAGAACCGCUCAGCACUUGGGAAGUUCUCUCAGUAGAAACGAUUAUUGUUUAUUUCAACUGUUUAAGUGGAAUGCAUGCGGAGAGCUCAAAGUGUAGUCUCGUUUACCCUGAGCAGUAAAUCUGCCAAGAGGGCCAGUGUUACGAUCUCUGAACAGGCUGGGAGGACACAGCUUGCCUGAGGCGGCCCAUCAGUGCCGGAUUUACGUAUAAGCUAAACAAGCUAUAGCUUAGGGCCCCACUCUCUUGGGAGCCCCCAAACAAAUUUAAAGGGGGGAAAACUGGAUGCACAUUUCCAAAAUACAAGAUGAAAAACAAAUAAAAUAAAACCUACAUACAGCAACAAUGUUUUGUUUUGUUUUGUGUUGCAUAGGCUCCUAUUUGUUAUGUACAAAUGGCUUUAGAUACCUAUUAGGUCCAACAAAAUGAACUGGACUCAUUGGCAGGUUUUGAAUAAACAUACACAAAUUUAUUAUUGGUAACAUAUAGAUAGAUAAAUUAAGGAUCUUUACAAUUUUAUAAUAUGCAGAGAAUAACUCGUGCUGAAAAAACAGAGAGAGGAGCUGAGGGAAGUCUGGGGGGAGGGGGGUUUCUUUUAUGGAGGGGGUGGGUUAAAUAGGGAGGAAAUGAGGAUGACAUGUUUUUGAUAAAUUGUUAUGUUGAAAUUCCUAACAGAUAUAUAUAUAUAUUUUAAAAAGAUACCUAUUUGGUCCAUAAAUUACCAUAUAGCAUAUAUUCAACACAAAAAACAGCGACAAAUUGUUGUUGACAAAGGACAGCGGGACAUAUAAAGGGCCCCAUUACCUUCAGUAGCUUAGGGCCUCAUCAAACUUAAUCCGGCCCUGCUGUCCAUAGAGGCCUACUCAUGCCGUAGACUCAGAAGGCAGAAUGCUGAGGUGGCAGAAUGACCUGAUCCUUCAAGUUAAAAACUUCCAACAAAUUAUAAAUCCAUACAGCAGUCAAAGCCCACUGUGCCAUGAGAUGUUAGUUUCCAUUUGCACACAGUUUUGUUUUGCUUUCAUAUCUGGAAGUAGCAUUCUCUACCUGUAGUCUGAAGUGGUGCAGUCCAUUCUCUCUCUUUUUCAUAUUAAUUUUUAUUAGAUUUUUCAAAGGUUUUAACAAAUUUACAUCACAAAAAACUGUAACAGUCACUUAUAUUUUUCUUUUUGACUUCCCACCCCUCCCCUGUCACACGAAAUAUCCCCGUAUCCCGGUAGAAUUCCGAAGUAAGCUUCUUCAGUCCCGAGAGUUUGGAAUACGUCCCCAUCCAUAAGGUGGAUAGCAUUCGGGCCAAGUCAGAACGUUUGCUGCUUGCCUGGGAUUUUGAUGUUCCAGAAAAGAUGGGGAAAGGACUGGAACAAAAGAACCUGGUUCAUAUCAACCAUGGGUGGCUGAAACUGCCUCUGGCAUAUGAAGGAAUGUGGCCGGCUGAGACACUGGAUAAGCAUGUGGACAGAAGACUCCUCGCUCCUGAGGAUGACACAUUAAUCAAUGCCAACCCAUACGAGAAAGGUGGUAUUGGAGACCAAGAUGGCGGUAGUGAUGCUCUCCUCAACCAUGCCAGUUCUUCUACGCAUCCCGCUGCUAUCCUGCCUGGACCUGAGUCUGAUAACUGUCUUCAAGCUUACGCAGAUGUAACAGUUCCAAAUAAAGAAGAGGCCUAUGUCACAAUGGCGAGUUUUUUCGAAAACAAGGGGAAUUUUCAAAACUAGCAGCUCUGGCACAUGGCAUGAUUGGGCUCUCCAAGUAUCAUUUUUGGGCAUUGAUCAGUGAGAAGAUUACACCAGUCUUGAAGUUAACCACUAGCCUGGUAACCAUAGGUGACUCGGAAUUCCAUGCAGGCGAGUGCUCCCUGCAUGGAAACCUUGGGGGUUGCUCGAGGAAAUAAGUCUUGUCCUCAGUGUCCAGCUUCUGUCAGCCAUCAGCAAGCGACUUUUCACAGAAUCAUAGAAUUGCAGAGUUGGAAUUGCGAGAGUCAUCUAAUCCAACCCCCUGCAAUGCCGGAAUCCUGCCCGCAGCCAUCCCUGGGUGGGCUCGAACCUUUUUCCAGGCUAGUAACUUUUGUGGACUUGUUUGCAAGGCUGAAUUACAUGACCUGGUUUUCCAUGCUGGCAUCUCUUGCCCUGCCCUGGCUCUGAAUUUUGCUGCUCAGCUUUGUAAUUGACGUGGGUCAGGGACAGGUUCUGGUUUUCUCAUCAUUGUAGCAACACUGGGAAGCUGCACCAGCAGAACCACCGCCUGCUUCAAAGCUCUUGAAUGAAAAAGUACUAUAGGUCAGGUGGGAUCUGAAAAACCUAUAUUUUAGCCUAGCCUCCAGUCUUAGGCAGCAGUGCUUCCAAAUACCAGGAGGGGAAAGUGUUCUUGUGCUCAGGUUAUGCUUGCAGGUUUCCCCCAGGCACCUGGUUGGCUCAUCAGAACAGGAUAUUGGAUUCAAUGGGCCACAGGGCCUGAUCCAGCAGGUCUUCUUGUGUUCUUAUGUCUGCAUUUAGCUAUUUCCCUAAGGUCAAGUUGCCUGUUGCUGUAAACACGAGUCACUGAAAAUAUUUUCUUCUGAGCAAUGCAGUAAAAAUGCUCUGGAAAGAACAGGUACUUACAAUAGUGCUUUGUCAGUUUUUUCAAUGGAGACUUGCCAGAAUAAGGGCUGCAUUCUAAAAUCAUGGAUGUGUACAAAACACUGGGAUGUUUGCAGAGAUUUCAUUAAACCCAGACAAGUUUGCACCUCCAGAAUACUGGAUUGCACCGCUUUGGAGUUUUUAGGACACCCAUUGGCUGUAUCCACCACCUCAAUUGACUUUUGUGAAGAAACAGCCGAAAAGUUGCACAAGAGCUCGUUCGUCGAAAUGGGGUUUCCGUGGGAGAGGCUGCCAAUGAUUUGUACACACUCGGGGGGUUUUUUAGCCUUGCUGCAAAAAUCCAGUUCUCCAGUAAUCCUGAAAAGAGUGGCUGACAGUAGAAAUAUUUUUGAUCUUUUAACAUCUCUAUUCCAAAUGAGUCUGGCACAUGCCAUGCUGUUGAAUUGUGUAGGAUUUUUUUAUUAUUGCAAAGUUGGCUCCUGGCUGAUCAACAUAGCUCUGAUAGAUGGAUCUGCCCUUUAUUAAUUUGUCUAAUCCUCUUAAGAACACAAGAACAGCUCUGAUGGAUCCGGCCAGUGGCCCAUCUAGUUCAUCAUGUUGUUCUCAUAGUGGCCAAACAGGGGCCUGCAAGCAGAACCUAAGCGCAACAGUUCUUAAUGGUUGGCAUCGCAACUUCGGCAAUGAAUUCCGUGUAUGAAUUGUGUUGUGUGAAUAACUCUUGGUUACAUAUGUUACUUCACUGGUGCAUUUUAUAUGUACUGGUUGAUACAGCUAUCAAUUCAUUGCCUGCUACUGUAGCAACAGUUAAAACUUGAAUUCUGUCAUGAAUUGCUGCUUAAUUUCUCACAAGGCCAAGGAUCCUGGAGGCUGACAGUGCAAUCCAGUGUGUAUCUGCUCAGCCACAUUCCAAUCAUUUGCUGUUUACUGAUGAUAUGUUUUUGCUGCUGAAGAUUUUGCUGAAAAUGUAUUGGGUUGGAUAUAAAGAUUACUGUGUGGUUUUUAUUGCAGCGUAUUGAUAUUCUUUCUGAUUUUAUGGGCCAGAAGGGGCACAUUCAGCUUCUAAUAUAUAUGUGUGUGUUUGUGUGUGUAUAUAAACAUAAACACACAGACGCACUCGGACGAAUACAGAUAUGCUAGAAUUUGCUAGCAUGUAUAUGUGCUCAUCUUUCUACUGGUGAAAAAGGUCUCAGGCAUUUGAAAAUGUUUUACAUUAUUUUUUUAUGUAUGUUUGAAAAUGAAAAUGAAGUAAACUCUUGGCGUCAGUGU